AUGAUGCACUCAGUCAGCCAUCUUCUUCCUUCGUGGUCUUCAGUUGUGAUUUGGGAACUGCCCAGGCCCAGUGUGAGAAGGUCUGCUACGUCCCAGUUAGGGCAAGCAAGAAUCACAGAGGCCAGCAAAGCUGGGCUGAGAACGGAAAGAGAAAUGAAACCCUGCCACGGCUCGUGUGUGCUCAAGCAAGAAAGCCACCUGUGUGAAACCUUCAGAACUACUUGUCUAAACUUGCUGCCUCCACUUCCUGAUCUUCUGCUUGCUUACCAACCCGGGCCCAUCCCUAAAAUGAGGCUGUGUGUCCAGGCUCUCCCAAUGACCUCAUCUACUCAAAUCACUUCAGCUGCUGUUGUAUCAGAAGACAGUGGAACAUGUCUGGUUGCUGAGGUCAACAGCAUGGACGUUUACCAUGGAUCACCAAGCAGCCUCAAGAAAUUCCAUGUAAGUGGCUCAGUUGAAGCCGGCUGCUUGUUACAACUGCCAAAGAGGGACCACAGCCCAUUCGUGGCUGUGCAUACGGUCCCUCCAGAGCCUUGUGAGUCCGGGGGAAAGUAUCAGAAAGGAGAAGUUGUUCAGGCAUCAUCACGAGUGCCUAAUUCUGGAAGACAACAGUUGAAUCAGGCUUUAAUAAAACCCACCCAAGAAGCAAAUGUGUGAACUGACUCCAUUCAUUCCGAAGGAGCCCAAGUCUUAAGCAGCAGACAGAAGAGGGGUUGAGGAGAGGGGAGAGAGAAGAGAAGGAAGAAGAGAGGGGGGGAAGAAAGGUUUUUCCAGGCUUAAAGAUAUUUUGGAAGGAUGGUACUGGGGCAACGCCUUCAAUCUCAACACUGAGGUGGCAGAGGCAGGCAAAUCUCUGAGUUUGAGGCCAGCCUCAUCUAAACACUAACUCGAAACAAACAAAGAAACAAACACAACUCCAAAAGAACCCACCCCCCCAAAAAAAGAAGAGAAAGGAAGGGAGAGAAGAGAGAGAAGAGAGGAGAGAGAGAGAGAGAGAGAGAGAGAGAGAGAGAGAGAGAGAGCGAGCGUGUUUCAUGAGGCAGGAACUGGAAAGCUAGCUCAGUAGUUCAUUGACUACCCUUCCAGAGAACCCAGGCUCAAUUCCACCACAACUGUCUGUAAUUCCAGUUCCAGGAGAUCUGGCACCCCUCCCAUAGAUAUGCGGGUAGUCAAAACACCAAUGCAUGCAAAACGUAAGUAAAUUAAAAAAAAAUAUUUUGGAGACACUGCAGAC